AACCACCGCCUGAGUCUGACUGCUCAAUUCAUCCGGAUUUUCUAACCUGCCUCCAAACUUCCUAACCAUGAGGACAAACGUGUGGAUUUACCAAGCUGUGGUGUGUGUUGUGGUCACUGUACUGGACACAGGUUUUUGUAGAAGGACUCAUCAGUUGUUACAGAAGUAUGAGAAGACUGAGAGUCACAUACUGGUUUGCACAGACUGCCCUCAGCCCCCGUUGGUACGAAACAGCCGAUCGCAGGAACACUGCGCCCGCAAGUGCAAGAAGGUCAAGAAAAACUUCAACUGCAGGGCUUUCAACUUCCAACGGCACAACAGGAAAUGCCACUUGCUUCCCUUUGACCGCUUCACCCACGGUGUGCAGAAGCAGGCCAAUGUCAACUUUACUUUGUAUGAAAAAAAAGAUUAUAUAAGGGAGUGUAUCAUCGGCACCAAGGACAACUACAGAGGGAGGAGGUCUUGGACGAAGUCAAACAUCACUUGCCAAGCUUGGUCAGAUAAUAACAUCAAUGAACACACGUUUUAUCCUGAUAGGUACCCAACGCAAGACCUGAGGGAGAACUUCUGUCGGAAUCCCAACAACGACCCCGGUGGUCCGUGGUGUUACACCACAGACCCCAACGUACGAGCAGAGGAGUGUGGCAUACCACAGUGUUCGGAGGAAAUCUGUAUGACAUGUAAUGGGGAAGAUUAUCGGGGCAAAAUGGACCAUACAGAGAGUGGCAAAGAGUGCCAAAGAUGGGAUUCACCAAGGCCUCACAAACACCGUUUUCAACCCAAAAAGUAUCGGCACAAAGAUUUAAAGGACAACUACUGUCGUAACCCAGAUAAUCGCCUCCGUCCCUGGUGCUACACCAUGGAUCCCAAAACACCGUGGGAGUACUGCAACAUCUCUGUGUGUGAUUCGGACUCAAGUGAGGACACAGAUGUCAAUGUAACAACAUCCUGCGUCCAGGGAAAGGGCACAGAUUACCGAGGCACAAUGAAUGUCACUCCGGAGGGUGUGACGUGUCAGCGCUGGGACUCCCAGUUGCCCCAUAACCACUCCUUUCUCCCUCAGAACUUCAAAUGCAAAGACCUCAGAGAGAACUACUGCCGUAACCCCGAUGGUGCAGAGUACCCAUGGUGCUUCACUACAGACCCUAAUCAGAGGAUAGCCAACUGCACCCACAUCCCCAGGUGUGAUGCUGAGGCCACACAAAAAAUAGAGUGUUAUGAAGACACCGGAGAAACAUACAGGGGCACUUUAUCCACAACUCGAUCUGGGAUUCCAUGUUCAAACUGGUCAAAUCACAUAAACAGUGGGGAUUCUCACUCUACAGACUCCCACGUGGGGCUGGAGAAGAACUACUGCCGGAACCCAGACCGGGACAAACAUGGCCCCUGGUGUUACACCAAUCCAAAUAACCGCUUGGCCUGGGACUACUGCAAACUGAAGCGCUGUGAAUCAGCGACAGUGGCUCCUCAACCCAACACUCUGACUGGGCCCAAGAUAUCGUGCUUUGUGCAUAUAAACACCAGAAUUGUUGGAGGACACCAAGUGCGUGGGACAGAUGGCAGCUGGGUUGUUAGCAUCCAAAGAGAGAAUGUUCAUUUGUGUGGAGGCUCGUUGAUCAGAGAAGACUGGAUUUUGACGGACCAACAGUGCUUCACCUCCUGUGUUCCAGAUCUCAAGGAUUACAGUGUGCAGGUUGGUCUGCGCCACCUCAAUGAAUCCUCAAGCCAUCCAAGGCUACGCAUCUCUCGCCUUAUAUGUGGUCCAGAAGGAUCCAACCUGGUUAUGCUGAAACUAGAAGAUCCCGCCCCUGUGUCCGAAGGUGCCUCCACUAUUCAUCUUCCAGUGAAAGAGUGUCACAUUGCCGAGGGCACCAACUGCACCAUGUACGGAUGGGGGGAAACCAAAAACACAGGAUACGAUGAGGCACUGAACGCUUUGACCAUGCCCAUGGUCAACAACGACAUGUGCUCACAAAUCAAAGGGGACGCUGGGGAGAGCAGGAUAUGUGCCGGCGGCAAGAGAGGAGAAGGCGUGUGUGAUAAAGACAACGGUGGUCCAUUGGUCUGCCAGGAACACGAGCGCAAAGUCAUCAUCGGCGUUAGCAUCCAAAGGACAAAAUGCGCCUCAUCACAGCCUGCGCUUUUUGUAAACGUUGCUUUCUACUCUGAGUGGAUUUACAAAGUGUUCAAACUUUACCCCAGUCUGGAGAGGAACUGAUGGCGUGGUGUGAAAAUCAAUGCACGACUUCACCGCAGCCUGCGAGAGAAGGAGCGGCUCUGGGCCAACAAAUUCCAAGGCCUUUCCAGCACGGUCCACGGGGGAGAAAUGAGGAAAAUCACCAAAUGGAAAGUGGCCAUUUUGGGAUUUUGUUGCUGAAUUAGUCAUUUCCACGGCGAUGACAGAAAUUAAUGAUUGAAGACUGGAUAAACCAAAUGGAAUUCUUCCACUUUGCAAAUGAAGACAUUCCGGUUGUUAGCCUUAAUAUCGUUCUUACUGCCAAAGUCUCGGGCACGUGGACGGCAUACUAAUUGUUUUUUGACAUGUUCAGAGUUUCUGAAGCCAUGCGAACAAAGACGAUGAGUACGACUCAGUAUUAUCUCCUGGAUAUACUUGAACAUGGACAGAGCCUAGUUAUCUGGAGGUCACCACAUGAGGUACCCUCCUGAAACUGGGAAGUUUGUUGUUUUUUUGUUGUUGUUUUUUUUGUCUUUUUAAUGUGUUGAGCUGGACUGCAAAACAUAUUUAAUUACCUCCAGCACAAAUAAUGUGGAUGGGUAAUUGCGGCAACUAACAUCCGUCCAUAUACCUUACAAAUAUCACAGCAAAUAUGAUAAAUAUUAUUCGGCCUGUGAAUUAAUUCAACAAAGAUCUAUGAUAAUACCAAAAGGGAGGAAAAUAUAAGCAUGAAGAAGUCAUUAUAAAUUAUCCAUUAGGUAGUACAGACACUAGAAACCCAAGUGAUAAAACAGUGAUUAAGCAAAGCCUCCAAAGAUCAAAUUUAGUUUCAGAUAUACCAGUAGUUAAGUAUAUGAAAUUAAUGGAAGCCCAUUUCUGCCAAUGUAAUGGGGAAAAAAAAGAUCAUGUACAUCAGUAUAAUGAGAAAUUUGAUAAAAUAAAAUGAGAAACGUUCUCAAAAUAAUGACUUGAAAAAUUUGUAUUUCAAGAUAAUGAGUAGCUAUUAGGGAUGCACCAGUGUAUCGGCCGAACAUCGGUAUCGGCUGAUAUUUGCACUACUUCAGUGGCCGAUGCUUUUCUUCUGUGUCACAUAAAUUUUGUGCAGGGUAAAAAGUAGGGUUUGAAACUAACAGCAUCCCGUCUCCCAUCUUCCCCGGGAUGCCUUUGGGACAACAGAACGCAGUAACCUUGAACACGUUAGAGAACAUACCUUCUUUUUUCCCUGAUAAUGCUACAUUGUGAACAACAAAUCAGUGUUGAAAUCGGCAGGUGGAGAGCUAGUUACCGUUAGCUGUUAACAGCCAAUAGCCGCAACUAACAGCUAACGGCUAAUAGCUACUGCUAAUUUCCAAUGCCUGUCAUUAGAGGGGCCUUUAAAAUAAACACAAAACGUGACCACAGACAACACGGUAAAACUCUGUAGUACUACAUUUUGUUGACGUUACAGGAACAGCAGUGCGACUUAUCAGCAUACUCGCAUAUACACACACAGACACCUACUACAUACAUGUAUAUAUACUAGGGUUGUCAUGAGAACUGAUACUUCGGUACCAAGUUGAUGCCAACACGCAAAAAAUACGUUGGUACCUGUUGUUUUUUUUUCGGUACCAUAAGUACUGGAUACAACUUUGCCCUCAGCCGGCCUUGUUGAUUCCUGUUGGAACUGACGGGGGCAGUAUACGCGCGUCAGGCUGCGCCGAGGACGAGCGCCGAAGAAGAACGCCUGUUCUCCAUCGUCUUUGCUAGAAACAAUGGCUUCUACAAGUGCUAGAAUUUAGAUCAGGCCCAAAAAAUCCAGCCUGACCCCACCCGAGCAUGUGCAUACUCUGUCUGAGCUGCUCUCGUCCCUUUAACUGUAAUUACGAGCCGGAGCCCGGUUCAAACCCGACUUUUUUUAAGGAUACCAACGUUGCAAAAGGACUCCCGCACACUGUCUAACUUGCAAUAUAAAAUUUAUUUGCAGCGUUUCAGUACUAGACCUUCAUCAGGCAAACAGACUACGAACAUGGACAUUGAAGGCUGACUCUCAUCUUUCUUUCCAUGGCAAGCCUUCGUCAUGUGCCUCUUAAAUGUCGAGGUCCCCGUCUUUUUGCUGUCCUAUACCAGCAUCGUGCUGCACUUUGUACACUUGACGAAGCCAACACACACGUUAUCACCGUCAAUCACUCACAUGUGCGCGGCGAGUGGUGCCAUCAAGGGGAGGCCACGCCCCGGCAAACUUGUUAUUUUAAACUUAGAUAUCGGCCCAGAAUCCUACAAUCGGUGCAUCCCCAAUUAGUAUCUUAAAAUAAUGAGAUGCUUUCUAUAAACAGUGGGAAAUGUUCUCCAAAUAUUGACUUACUUAUUUCAGAAUAACGACUUAGCAUCAGUUCUCAUUCAUUUGAGAUAAUAACUCAUUGUUUUCUCAUCAUAAAGUCUUACAGGAUCACUUUUCCUUUCAUCACACAGGCUAAAAUGAGCUUUCAUAAGAACCCUGUGCUGCUGCCUGCAGAGCGACCUGCAGCAGCAGCCUUGGCAAAGCUAGCAGUGCUAAUUGUGUGCAGUAGCUGGACUACCUUUUCCCCAGUUAGCUGUAACUGUUAGAUUCCCCGAGAGAGGGUUUAAGUAGGACUGAGCGAACCGCUCCAAAAUCUUAUGCUAAUAUUUGUAGCAUGAGAGAGAGAAGAGCCAUGCCAAAUAUAACAUGGCUAUUUGGUCUCCAGUUUGGAGGGAACUUUGGCCCCUGGUGGGCUGUGUGUGGUCAGUAGGAUAUUUUAUACUGAGUCCUUCUGUACAUAGAACUGCAGAUUUAUUGAGGAUGUUUCUGCUGUGCUGUGAGAUAUUAUAGGUCUUAUAGAUCUGGAAUAUUUUGGGUUCACUAAGUAAUGUCAGAUUGGCUUUUUUGUGCCUCUUAUUAUGUUUGGUAUUUAAAGAGACUGCGAGCUUGUAAUUAGUAGGUAGGUAUAUUUAUUUUUUUAAUCAGCAGAGGACGUCGUUUGAAAAGGAGCCAGAUUUGGCAUGAUGUUUAAAUUUGUCUUCAUGAUGAUUUCAGAAUAACUGGGGUGCAUGUUUGACUCACAGGUAGCCACACAAAGAUGAUGUAACAUACUAAGUUACAAGACUACAGAAGCCUGACAACAAGAUUAUUAUCUCAGAAUUCUGACCAAGGCUUUUAAUAACAAAAAAUUGUUCUUUUGUUUUUGUGAAUUAUUUAGAUUAUUGUUAAUUCAAAAAAGCAAGAGCACCAU